AUGAAUGGCAACAGCGUAGAUAAAGAUGUUUUAAUUCAGAGCAUUAAUUUUCAUGGACAGCAACUUCAUAAGCUUUGUGAGGGCAAUCAUAGGCUUAAUGAAAUUUUACUAAAAACCAGCCCUCAAAAAAUUAAUUAUCAUGAUUUUAAUGCCAGACAAAAACACCUGAAUUUUCAAGACAGAGGUAAAAGAUUAAAACUUCAAGAAUUUAUUGUUAAAAAUGCUACUGUUUUGUUUGAUGAAUCUUUCACUGCUCAACCUCCUGAAAAUCGAUCUAAAAUUACUGUUGACGAAUCAUUUUAUGCUGCAGUUCCACCAUUUGAAACAUUUUGUAAUGCUGAUAAGGAGAGUAAAAUAAAAAGAUUUUUUGAGUCGAUAAUUGGAGUUAAAAUUUUACUCGUUGAGGGAGAAAGACCGCAUGUUGUCGCUGAUUUAGGAAUUAAAGCAGUUCUUCCUAUUUCAAAUGUAAACACUCCUCAACCGCUUUUAAUGGGAGAUUUUGUAAGGGUAACAGUUUUGGAAAUUGUACCCGAAGCUGACAAAUUGGUUAUCGGUGAAGCAACGCUUUACACAGAUCCAGUACCUAGCAUUUACAAGUCAGUAUAA